AUGUGUCGCGAAAAAAUCGUUGAUUUGUCAUUUUCGAAAAGCUGGCACGACCUUGACUAUUCUUGGUCCAAACAAUUCUUGGAAAAGGCAGGAAAAUUAUUGGAAGAAAAGAAGUCUUUGAAAGAAAAGUUGGCUCUCAGAAACAGUGUUGGUAUUUUUUAUUUUGGAUAUUCCAUUCUUGAAAGCUGGUCAAUUUACAACACUACUACUGGGGGGUUACUCAGGAGAAUUACUGUGUUGACAGACUUGAAAGGACAAAUCCUUAGCAGAGAUAUAUAUGCGCACCGUCUUCAUCAUCGAUUUCAUUAUGAAGGCGUCCAUUAUAAAUUUACCGCUACUAGAUCAGCUCCAGAUUCUUUCACGCUUUACUUGAAUGGACCAAUUCUGUUCGAUGGUGGUAAAACUUGUUUACUUGAACAAGAAAAUGAUCCAACACAACUUCGUUCACUCUCUCCUGGAAAGCUU